AUGCGGGGAUGGUGGUGGUGGGAGAAGCGGGAGAACAGUAGGACGCUCGCAAACACUGCAUCAGCAUUCAACACGGCGCCUUCACGCACCGCCUCCGCUUCGUCUGCGCCGCCUCCUCCGUCGCCAGUGCCUGCCCGCUGGUCUCUCACCAACCGCAUCUUCAAUCUAAACCUCCGCUCGCUGUACCAGGGCCCGCCGCGCCUGCCAGCCUCGCGUCUUUGGAAUCCCGUCAACUCGUCCCCACGAACGCUUGCCGUCCAGUACCAUCCUCCCCCACCGCCGUCCGAGCCCCGCGAAGCAUACCAUCCCAAUUUACCCGUCGACGAGGUCCUGACUGGCGCCCGUGACGAGUAUCCUCUGCUUACGCUCCCGCAGCGUCGCCAGAGCCGCCAGAGCCCUGCGCCUUCGUCGCUCGUCGUCGAACGCUCUACGGGCGAGGACAGCGUCAGCGGUCGCACAAGCAUUGGUCUUCCGCGUAAUCAAAGGAGCCUCUACACCAGUUCGCAGCCGCCGACCCCAGGGCCCUCUGCAAUGCCACCGCAAGCAGACGCACUUGAUCGUGCACCAAGCCAUGCAGACAAGGACAUAGAAGCAGGCAUGGCGAGGCCUAGGAAGCCCGAACUGUCCCGCGUCUCGCUGCCAGGCUCGCGACGCACCUCGCUGGGUUCUGGUCGCUCUGCGUCUGCCCACGGCGACGAGGCUGCAUCAGAGUUCCCGUGGGGGCCUUCACAUCCAUGCUUUCCCCAUCCGAAUCCGCAUGUGCCACUCGACUCGGAGCUGUACGACACAACGCGCAUCAUUCGCAUAAAGCGGGACUGGAUGAUGCAGGGCGACCUGGCACCUACCUAUGCGAAUCUGUACCCGGAGAUUUUGGAUCCCCUGAUCACCGAAGAUGACUUCCGGAUACUGAUCAAGAGAAUAAACGACACGCUCACAGACGCAUUUGAUCCCUUUACCUUCAGGGCCUGGCUCGACACCGUCAUGGGCGUAGCUACUUUCUGGCUGUGGGACGACGUGGGCCUGACGGGCGUCAAGCGACAACUCGCAGAGCUAGAGCGGUGGAUAGAAGAUUGGAACCGGGACGUGGGCGCCAAAGAAGCGGUCAAGAUUAUCCCCUUGCGGCGGACGGGGUAUUUGACACUCGACAUUCAAAUACCCGAUCCACAUCUCGGCCCCGAUACUGGCUCACGGCCUGCUACGCAAGAGGAUGAUGUUCAGACCGAGCUGCGGCAGCAGCACGAUCAAUAUUUGCCAUAUCCCAUUGCGCCGACGCUGCAGGUCAAUUCGCAGCCACCGGCUAUUGAGGCACAUUAACAACGCACACUUCAUGUCCUACCGACCGAGGUUCGAGGACACGUUAUAUUAGCAUAUUAGCAUGAGAUUUCAGGAGUUUGCGGUCUGUGUUGUUUGUCUCAAGCUUUGAGAGACGAUAUCGAGGCGCUGUCCCGUUAGCACUCCCAUUUUUAGUUGCUCGGAUUGUCAUGUCUAGACUACACUUGCUGCGAAGCAAAAGCAUAAUGUCUCUUUCCUUUUUGUCUUUUCUCGUUUUCGAUACCCAGUUGUACUGCAUUUCCAUAGCAUUGCGCAGCUCCAUACUUGAAGACGCCCGUCGCGGCCUAAUAUAUACGUUCCAUCGCCUUGUUGCUUCCUGUUCAGAUUUCUCGAGUCAAAACUGCUUGUUACGAACUUGAGUCUACGGAAAACAUACAGAUCAUGUCCAUCAGUCAUUGCUCCUUUUACACAAC